AUGUACAUUGGUUGGGUUCAUCACAAUAUUCCAAAAGUUUUUGGAUGUCUGGCUUUUGUAGUGAACCCAAUUUUCGUUUAUUUGGUGUUCACUGGAAAGUCAGUCUGCCUGGGGAACUAUCGCUUUUUGCUACUGUACUUUGCCAUUUUUAAUGUCGUUUAUUCUGUUUUGGAGAUGGCUGUUCCAAUUGGAAUCUCCUGCUAUCGCUACUGUUUUUAUCUGAUUCUGACCGAUGGAUUCUUUGAGAAAGCUUCAAGUUUCAAUCACUACAUUCUGACCGCCCGUUGUUCAAUGCUAGCAUGCAGCUAUGCUAUUCUCAUCAGUCACUUCGUUUUUCGAUACUUGGUAAUCCUAAGAUCCAAAUUAAUCAGCACAGGGUUCCAUCGGUUCAUGUCUGCUUCAUUCGCAUUGUGUAUUUUUUAUUUUGCAUUUUUCCAAUAUGUUUGUGAGAAAUGGCUGUCUACAUCGGACACCGUAAUGGUCUAUAUCAAAGAGCAUCUUCAAGAGGAGUACGGUGUGAAUCCAAAUGACUAUAACAUGUUAUCAACUAUCUAUAAUGUAGGUUUUCGAAAUUCAAAGGUCUUCCGAAGUUGGACAGGUGUAGUCUUGCUGAUGUUGAUGUCAGUUGGGUCUAUAUCUGUUUAUUUUAUUUUUGGAUACAAAACAAUGAAGAAACUGAACGAUGCUCAAGCCCAUGUAACAAUGAGUGCGGACACUGCCACGUUGCAGAGAAAACUAUUGAUCGCCUUGACUGUUCAAACUGUGAUCCCAAUUUGUAUAAGCUUCACACCUUCGCUGAUUGCCUGGUUUGCUCCAGUUUUCAAUUUUAGUAUGGGAAGAGUCUACAACUACAGUGGAACCAUUGCUCUAUCAGCAUUUCCAUUUUUUGAUCCUGUCGCCAUUAUCAUUUUUCUACCGGUCCUCAGAAAUCGACUAUACCAGUCGAAACAGAGUGGGGAGCAGACAGGAACUGUUUCAAUUGAACUGCGAACAGUUUGA